GAACCGGUUGAACGGGGAAGUUUGAAUUCAAAUUUGAAUUCCACCGGUUCCGACCGGUAACCGGCCAAACCGGACCGGUAUACCGGAACCGGAGGCCGGCGGUUACCGGUCACCGGUCGGAUACGUGAACCCUGCUCCCGCCUCACCGUCCUCAUCGCCCUCCGCAUCUUCCCCCACCUCGACCGCGCCGCGUUCGUCGAGCUGGAGGCGGGCGCGCCGCCGCUGCGCGUCCCCGACCCCGACGGCGACUUCACCGUCACCGCCUUCGACGCCAACCACUGCCCAGGUCCGCGCGCCUCCCCUCCUCCUCCUCCUCCUUCUUCUCCCUCGCCGAUUCGGAUGGCUGCCCGCCUGGUAACCGACCUCGUCGUGGCUCCUAGCAGGCGCCGUGAUGUUCCUGUUCGAGGGCCCCUUCGGCGCCGUCCUGCUGCACACCGGCGAUUGCCGCCUCACGCGCGACUGCCUCAGCGCCCUCAUGCCCCUCCUCGCCCGCCGCGUCGACUGCCUCUUCCUCGACUGCACCUUCGCGCGGUGCCCCCUGCAGUUCCCCGCCAAGGAGGACUCCAUCCGCCAGGUGAUCAAUUGCAUCUGGAAGCACCCGAACGCGCCGGUGGUCUACCUCGUGUGCGACAUGCUGGGCCAGGAGGACGUCCUCAUCGAGGUAUCCAAGGCGUUCGGGUCCAGGAUAUACGUCGACAGAGAGAGGAAUUCAGAUUGCCACCAGACGCUCACGCACGUCGCGCCGGAGAUCCUCGCCGCCGACGACGCCGCGUCCUCCACCCGCUUCCACGUGAUCCCGUUCCCGCGGCUAUCGGAGCGGGCCACUGAGAUCCUCGCGCUGGCGCGCGCCAGGCAGCAGCCGGAGCCCCUGAUCAUCAGGCCGUCCUCGCAGUGGUACGCGUACUACGAGCCACCGGAUGGGUCGACAGAGCGGAAGCCGGUGCUGACAGAGCCGAUGCGGGAUGAGUUUGGGGUCUGGCAUGUCUGCCUGUCGAUGCACUCCUCCAGGGAGGAGCUGGAGCAGGCGCUGGGGAUCCUCAAGCCCAAAUGGGUUGUCUCGACGACGCCUCCGUGCAUGGCAAUGGAUCUGAGCUAUGUCAAGAAGAACUGCUCCCUGUCCCGGUUUGGUCCUGAUGAUCCCAUCAGGAAGUUGCUCGGGAUACCUGAUGGGGUGGCUACUGUUACGGGCAAAACACAGGCUGCACUGACGGUAGAAGCUGUCGGGAAGAGCGAGGAAGAGUUCAGUUCUUGUACUGCUGAGCGUGGCCCUGAUGAUGACAAUCAGGUUGAGGCUGCAGAACCAACGAUGCUUGAUUUUGAGAUCAGAGUUGAGCCGCCUGUGACGCUAUUCGGAAGCGCAAGGUUUGGAUUAGUGCUGCACGAAUCUGAAAUGAGGGAACAUGAGUAUCAGAGUGUUGAGAUGAUUGAUAACGUUGAACAUGAAGCCAAGGACCCUGUUACUGAAAUUGGGCUGUGUAACAAUAGCAAGCCUGAUGAGAGUGUUGCAUUAAUCGAUUUAACUGAAGUUGCAACAAAGGAGCAGAGUUCAGUCUCUGAAUCUGAGCUGUUGAAGGACAGGAAGCCUGAUGAUGGAGUUGAAGUAGUUGAUCUGACUGAAAAUGGAAGGAAAGAGCUGAGUUUGUGUGCAGAGCCUGAACAGUGUAUGGAUGACAAAGGGAAAGGGGAAGCUGAAUUGGUGGAAGCCCAAGAAGAGAAUCUGAGUGGCCAUGCUGAUUUGCGGGAAAUUUGCAGGCAUAAUAAGGUGAUCAAUGAAGGUAAAAACAGAAUCCAAGUGACUAAAGAGAUCUCAGCUGCGCAUGUCAUCACAGUUUCAGCUACAAUAAAAAAGGAGGCAACAGAGAAUGACACAACCACAUCAGAAACCGGGAAGAGCUCUGAAAGGGCGAGCGAUCCUUCAACUACUGUUGGAUCAUCAAACGUCCUUAAUGCGAACCUGAGACGGCUGUACAGAUCGAUGAACGUGUCGGUGCCGCGGCCCCUGCCGUCACUGGUUGAGCUCAUGGGGGCCUCCAAGCGACCCAGAGUUUCCCAAACUGUGCAGCUAUAGGCUUGUAGCAGAUUGAUCAUUUAUUGCUAUCGAAUUCAGAUCCUGUUGAACCUGUAUUGCUAGUUAGCUACUUGAAUUGAGGCUGAACAAUUAGUUCAGAUUGAUUUGGUUCUACAAAGAGGCAAUUUUUGCCAUUUUCCAAAACAAAGAGGGGGAAAAACUUUACAUCAAACAUGUAUAAGCUUGCAGUAGAGUAGGCAGCAAUGAUGUAUCUCACUGAAGAAAUCCUUGUUCUGAAUCCACAUUUCCAGCAAUUUCCUACACCCAUGCUAUUCAUCGCGGUUUGUGGAAAACUGCAUGUCUGCAACAGAA